AUGUCACCCAUUACUGACCCCAGGCCCGAUGCGUCCAAGAAGGAUGCCCCCCCCAACCCCCCUCCCAAAAAGACACCGGGCGGAACUGGCCCCAAGAAGGUCGAUGUCUCUCACUUCCCUCAUUACGGUUUGAAGCGUGGGAUGGCGUGCACGUUCUGCAGGCGGCGGAAACUCAAAUGUUCAGGUGAUCGCCCGAUGUGCACGAACUGCACAAAGUACAACAAGGUGUGCGAAUAUGGGCCGCCGGUGAAGGCUCCCAAGCCUCCGAAAAAUCCGCCGCCGCAAGCACUAUACGAUGUCAAUGGCAACCAGCAUAUCCCAGGCAUGGUGCAUCCUCAGCCGGACAAUGCUGCUGCAAACGGAAUGAGCGUCGGCAUGCUCUACACGGGAGAACCCCCGUCGUCCUUCGACUUCAUUGGGCAGGGUAUUCCUGACCCGGGCCCAAUGAACAGCAUGCCCAUGCCGAACAUGCCACCCGCCAGCCUGGGGAAUGACCUGAAUGGGAUGAACUCCUUCAGUGCCAAUUUAUCGACCCCAUCGCCCUUCGUUGCCGACCAGGCUCAGCCUAUCAUUGGCAUGCCGCCUUAUGUUCCUUCGACCGGCCCAGAAGUCUACUACGACCCCGCUAUGUGGGUCCCGACCUCUGCAGAUGGGGUGCCACAGCAGGUGUUUGACAUUUCACAAAUGUCGGGAGCUCCUGAACCAAUGCAGGCGCAGUUCCAAUCGCCGAUGGAGGCACAGGGAUCACAGCAGGCCCAACAGACCCAACCAUUCGCGUCGAACAUGAACACAGACUACCAGCAGCCAAUGUUCGAGUCACCCGCGCCCUCCGCCCAAUCAAGACAACAGAGUGUCUUGACGACUUCGAGCGCGGGCUCUCGAGUUGGAUCCGCAGCCAACUACAUCACGACUGUUUCGGAUCCGCCGACCCCAGAUGGGCUUGGAGCUGUGUCAGGGUCGACCCCUAACUCGGAGGACAAUGCGUCGGGCACCGAGCGACCGAAAGCCUCGAGGAUGUACCGGCAAACGGCCAGCAUAUAUGUGGCGGACGCCGGAACGAAUGUUGAUGGCCUGACGGAACGCCUGGGCGAGUUCUUGUUCUCUCCGAACAGCUCGGCUGUCAAGGACGAUGAGCAAAUCAGGCGAAGGAAGAAGGGAAGCGGCAACGUCCUCCUGAAGCCGGACGGGACCUCUGUGAAGCGCAUGCGAGCGGAAUACGACGGUCUUCUGGACUCGUUCCGCUCAAUCCUUCUGGACUGCUUCCUCGCUCACGUCACUUUGUUCUUCGAGAUGAGCGUUCCUCGAUUCAGGUACCGGAUGACCUUCGCCGACCGAAGGCGGCCGUCUCUUGCGCUGCUCAACACGAUGUACCUCUGGGCUACGAGAAUCUCGAACGCGCCUCAAAUGUCGAACAUGGAGAAGCAGUUCUUCGAGCAAGCGUGCACCCACCUCGACAUUUCGACAUCGACCGUGGACAGACUCAUCGAUGGAGUGCGUGCUGCUAUGCUGCUGUCGGCGUAUUCUUACGCCUCGGGACGUCACCACGAAGGCUGGUGCCUCGGUGGCUUGGCUGUGAGGGUGGCGGUCUCCUGUGGUCUGCACCGUAUCUCUUCGAUGACCCUGCGUCCACCGCCACCAAGAAACCCCUUCCUCCGAAACCAGCACUCCCUCCUCCCGCCGCCAGAGGAUGCAGUGGAGCUCGGCGAGAGGAUCCACGCCUUCUGGGCUGCCUUCUCUAUUGAUCGUGCCGGUGCUCUCGCCACUGGCUAUCCGAGCGGAAUGCACGAUGACGACAUCAAGACGCCCUUCCAUCGCCCUCUUGCCGACAUCUCGGCCGGCAUGGUUUCCGAGAUAGACGAUAUCACCGUGAAAGAUUUGUUCCUCGGCAAUGUCGGUGACACACAACGUGACAAUCACUACAUCCGAUGGCUCAAGGUGGUCAUCAUCCUCGAACGAGCGUCGAAGCUCGCUUACCUUGAGCCCGACGAUGACUCACCUUACUCUCAGGCUUGGAACAAGUACCACCUGACGCUGCACCGUGAUCCCGAUCAGCCCAAGCCCCCAGCUUACCUCGACCAGCCGAAGUAUCGCAACCCGGGGCGCUUCCGUGGUUGUCUGCUCGCGAACGAGCAGUUCACCAACUGCUUGGGUGAGGACGGCGUGUUCCCGGUGACGAGACGCGCCCAUGCGGAGCAGGACGGCCAGCCUGAGCCGGAGAUCACUCCUGCCACCUUGAUGCUCCACCACAUGAUCGCGGCGGUCCACAUGGUUCUGCACGACAUCAAUUCACUCGAAGUAGAGAACACUGAGGCAGUCAUGGCCGCCCGCAGAAGCGUUACGCUGUUCCGUGCGGUGCCCCCGAUUCCCUUCACGGAGGUUGACGCCUUCGUCGUGCUCGUCUGGAGUAUGAUUGCGAAGGUCCUGAUCAAGGAGGCGCACCGUCUGACGCUGGUUGGUGAUUCGGAGAAUGCCAACAUCACCGCCGGCGACGCCGACACAGCUAUCGCCGAGAUCCGCCGCAUCGCGCUGACGAUGCACCUUGCGCGGACUCAGGCCAAUGCUCUUGACGAACUGAAGCAAGCUGCGCUUUCUGCUGGCCCUCAGCCUGGACUUUCCUCCAUGUCUCUUGAACAAUUCAUGUUCCCCACGCCAAUGUAA